UCCUUAUCCUGUUCAACUUUAGUCCGAGUAUUUUACACCCAGUGAACUCGACACGUAACUGCGUGUUCGCUGAAGCACAAUUAGUCGCUAGCUUCUUUGUUUUCGCUUGGACUGGGUUUAGAAUGAUGUCUUCUAAAAAAUUCUGUUGUCUUGAUUCCCGGCGAGCAAUGUCGGGAUGGGAUUGUGCGCUGCGAGGCCUUUUUCCUUUAGAUUUGAUACACCUUUGUUGUUAGCAGACUAGCCUUUACUUUAGGUAUCGAUUACGUCGAUAUCAAUGUUACGGCGCUUAUCGUUUAAUAACCGCGUACAUCUAAAUAUGCGUAAGACUCAUACGAAACAGUUUGAUAGUCGUUGGCUAUCAACUUGGACUAGAUUUAGAUAGCAUCGUUAGUUCAGUGUCAGGACUAGCAUGAAGCGGCUAACUUGAUGCUAGCGAGGACAAAGGGGACGGUAGUAUCAACAAUAGACAGUCGCUAAAGUCACUCUAGUUGAGACAUUUAGAAAAUUGUGUUUGUUUCAAGCUUAACCCCAUUUUAUACAGACUAUAAAUACAACUAACGCAACAACAACAAGCUAGCGUCACAGAUGAGCCAAAACAAAGCUUUAUUACUAUAGUGAUACAAUUAUAAUUAUUAAUUAGGCAGCCAAAACCCGUUAAAUGACACAACCCGAGCUCGUUCAUUGUUGCAGUUCAACAGGCAUUUUUUUUACUCAAAAUUAAUCUAAAUGCCAAAUUUUCGCUUUAAAUACCCACGGAGUUGCAUUGUUUUGGUAUUGUUUACGUGAAACCACGCGUUGUCGCUGCGCAUUCGUGUCAGAUUAAGGUUAAAAUGUGCCAGUCUGUAUUUAUAAAUAAUUUAAGUUUUCAUUCUAAAUUGGGGUUUGGUUAUUUUUCGUUAAUUUAAAUGCCUUCUCGUGUUGUAGCUUUGUUCAGUUGACCAGCCAAUGAGGAGCUUUAUAUGUGCCCACGUCACUCAGCCACAUAAAGCUGGACUGCCAUUGUUCUCUGACACAUAACAAACGGGUCUGUGGGGAAACCUGAACUUAUUCUGCUCUAGGAUAUCACGGUUUAAGUUUACAGCUCCAGUUGUUGUCCAGAUAAUUUAGCAUGUGUGACACUGUUCUGUAGCAUAGCUUCUUGUAAUCGUUUAUAUUCAGAGUUGGUGAUAAACUAAUGUAGUGUCGCUCUCCAACUGCAGCAAUACAUAAAUUGCACGUGGCUUUUAGAUUAAAUACAGAUUAUUUUAAUGGCUUAAUUUUGUGUUUAGAGGACCUGUGUGAGAGCUUGUCUGGAGCAAGAUCAGAUGUUGGGUAGGGGUUUGUAGUGUCUGCACUGUUUGUAAGAGGACACUGGGUUGCUCUUCAUCCUUGACCCAGAUUUUCAGCAAAGCUGUUGCGUCACCUGACCAACUGUGCAUCUUACAGCCUCUACAAGGCCUCUAUUCAUGAUUUGGCAGUUUUUCUAUUUUGUACAUACAGAGUUUUGUAUAUACUGUAUAUGAUGAGCUCACUGGGCAGCGAGAAGGCCCGGGGCCCACGGGAAAAAGUGCUGCCUGCUGUUACUCACACCUCGCAACCACAGAAACAGAUACAGGCUACUGCUGAGCAGAUCCGACUUGCCCAGAUGAUCUACGACACGAAUGAUGCUGACUUUGAGGACAAGGUUAAUCAGCUGAUGGAAGUGACGGGGAAGAAUCAAGAUGAGUGUAUGGUAGCUCUUCACGACUGUAAUGAGGAUGUUAGCAGAGCCAUCAAUUUCCUCCUGGAGAGCACCUCCGACAUGACCUCAUGGGAAACAGUGGGAAAGAAGAAGCCCCUGGUGAAAGAGGGACCAUCAGAAAGCAAGGAGAACAAAGAGAAUAGGGAGAAGAAAGGAGAGCGUGAGGUUAGCAAGGGCCGUGCUUCUUCCAACCGUAAAGGCAAAGGGGGAAGUCGGAGAGGGCAGGCGCGUCCGGAGGAGAACGGUAUGGAGGCGACACCAGUGGUGGAUAAAGGGUCAGAUCGAGGUCGGAGGCUUAAAGGUAGCAGAGGAUCAGGAGUUCGAGGUCGAGGUAGAGCACCAGCGGGGAGCAGGUUCUCAGCCCAAGGCAUGGGGACUUUCAACCCCGCUGACUACACCUCAGAGGCUGGAACUGGGACCACACAAACGGAGGUUUGGGACACAGCCAACAACAACAGCACAGACGGGACAGUUGCCUGGAGGAGCACUUUGGAGGACUGGGCUGCUGAGGAGUGGAGUGAGGACGUCAGUCUCUCAGAGACCAAAGUGUUCACCCCCUCAUGUGCACCUGCUGCAGAGAACCAUAUCCCACCUGCGCAAAGUCUGGACCUCGCCUCUCUGCUGCAGAAGCCUGGUGUUGGAGGAAGAGAACCACCCUCCUCCACCUCCACACAGAGCCUGGUCUUCACCAACUCCCACCACCACCAGCAGCCACCACCCAGCCGCAACGCGACCAGCAGCACAAGCUAUGCACACGCUGCUCUGUCGUCGGUUCUGGGAGCUGGCUUUGGGGACUUGGGCCAGGCCAAAAGGUCUCAGCCCAGCGCUGGCGCUCAGAUACUGGAACAGCUAAAGGGUCCUGGCUUAGGCCAGCUGCCCUCAUCCCAGGCAGCCCCUCCUGUCAGCACCCAGGGGAGCAACACCUCCAUCGGUCGACUGCCGGGUCUGGGAGCACCUGUACCUCCACCCUCCUCCUCCAGCUGGGACAUGAAGGCAUCAGAGUCGAACACCAGCUCUCUGUCUACACAGUUCAGCUGUGAGUUUGGCCUGCAGCCAGAACCUUCUCUUGUGCUGAGCCAGCUGGUUCAGAGACACACAGGUCCCUCCUUACCUCUGGCUCGUCAGGCUAGUCCUCCAUCGCAGCAGCAAGCGCCCUCUGCUUCAGCAUCGUCUGCUCCCCAGCACAUCAGCACGCCAGCACAGGCCGGCCCAGUGAUGGCUGCUGCUGGUGUUAAACCUCCUACUUCCGGAGCUGGGCUGGACCCCCAGGGCAGCAGUACGCCACAGCAGCAACGGGUGCAGCUCAAAGGCCCCAAACGACGGAUACCUCCCACAUCCAAGAUUCCCUCUACAGCCGUGGAGAUGCCAGGCUCGGCUGAUGUUCCUGGACUAAACCUCCAGUUUGGAGCUCUGGACUUUGGCUCAGAGUCUGCACUACCAGAGUUUGGAGGUGUGGACAACUGUGUGAGCGCAGUGUCCCGGGAUUCCACACCGGCGCCUGUUUCAGUGCCACCUGCAUCAGGACCAGGGACCCAAAGCCACGCCAGCUUGUACUCUAAACCCCUCAGCGACUCACUGGGCAGCCCUCUCUCCGUUGCUCUGCCUUCGCCACUGUCAUCAUCAGAACCCGUGUAUCACUCCUCCGCCGUGGCCAUGCCCAGCCUCACGUCUUCAUUAGGUUCUGCUGGCUCUGCCAACCCUCCAUCCUCCACGUCGACAACCUCAACGACCUCUUCCUCCGCGCCCUCCUCCUCCCACUUCUCUGCUGUGGGGGGGAGUUACGAUGGGACGAAACCCCCCCAUGCGCGACUGGCCUUUCAACAGAGCAAAGAGGCCACAGGGCCGGUGAUGAACGGGCUGAAUGGUGUAAGAACCUCCGCUGCUCUAGACACCUCAUCAGCAUCUUCUACACCGAAGCCAGAAUCUCCGUCUGUGAACAUCAACACCAGCGGUCCUCCGGCCCCCUCCUCCCACCUACCCUCACUCAGCUCCACCACGCUCCCCAACCUGGCACAGGACCUGCCACCGGCGGGUCAGCUCAACUCACUCAACAGCCAUGGCAGCAGCCAUUCCUCGGUUUCAGCUCUAGGAUCAAGCUCUCUCACUUACACGAGUGUUGACAGCAACAACAUGAGCUCUCUGGCUCCGUCGUCCAGCUCUUACACGUCGUCUCAGCCCGCAAGCUCGUCGCUCCACUCAGCACACAACAGCAGCAACAGUAGCAGCAGCAGCAUCAGCCACCUGGCCAACAUGGCCAGCCUGGGCAGCAAUAUGAGCAGCACAGUGGGGGGGAUCACGGGGGCAGGUGGACUCCACUCUGCUGCUAUCAUCGCCACCAGCGCCGCACUGGGACUCGGCUCCAAUGGAGCUACUGCCACAUCAAACCUCUCUGCACCAAGGACCACACCCCUGCUCUCCUCCACUGGUAAAGCUCCUCCUAACUUGUCCCAGGGAGUGCCGCCUCUACUACCCAACCAGUAUAUUAUGGGCCCAGGAGGGCUGCUGCCAGCUUACCCAAUCUAUGGCUAUGAGGACCUCCACAUGCUCCAGUCCAGACUGCCAAUGCCCUCUCUGCAGGAUUACUAUGGUAUCACAUUCCCUGGCCCCACAGCAGCUCUCUCCGGCAGAGAUGGGAGUUUAGCCAACAACCCCUAUUCAGGUGAAGUCACAAAAUUCGGUAGAAACGACUCCACCUCCCCAGCACCCCCCACCAGCCUGGCUGCCCCACAGCCUCCUCAGGCCCAAAGCCAAGGACAGACCCAGGCCCAGCCUCAGCCUCCUCAGGCCCAGCCUCAGGGCCAGCCGCAGCACCACAGCAGCCAGCAGGCCUUCCUGCCUCCCGGCUACAGCUACACGGGCCUGCCGUACUACCCCGGGGUUCCCGGUGCCGUGCCCAGUGCUGCCGCCUUUCAGUAUGGCCCCACCGUGUUCGUUCCUCCUGGUGGCCCGGGGCCGGCUUCGGCCAAGCAGCACAGUAUGGGUCUGGGUCUGGGAAACCCCUCAGCCAGCCCGUUCCAACAGCAGGCGCAGCAGCAGCCCAGUGGUUAUGGCCAGCACACUUUCAGCUCAGGUUAUGAGGAGCUGACAGCCGGGCCAGCUGGAGUAGAGUACAGUAAAGCGUACAACUCCUCCUCACAGGCACAAGCCAAAUCUGCUGCUGCAGGGCCCGGGAAAGGGGUCUCAGUGACAUCCAGUAACUCCGGAGUGCCAGACAUCAGUGGAAGUGUUUACAAUAAGACCCAGUCUUUUGAUAAGCAGGGUUUCCAUGCAGGGACCCCCCCUCCCUUCAGCCUGCCGUCAGCCCUGGGGGGUCCAGGGCCUCUGAACCCUGGAGCAGCUCCUGGAGGCUAUGCACCUGCUCCGUUCCUCCACAUCCUGCCUCACCAGCAACCUCACUCACAGCUGCUGCACCACCAUCUAGCUCAGGAUGGACAGGGUGGCCUAGGCCAGCGAGGCCAGUCCAGCAGCCUGCAGCAGAAGAGCCAAGUCAACAAGUCGAGCUACGGCAGCUCGCCUUACUGGGCCAACUGAACGGCUACAUCUGUGUGUGUGUGUGUUAACGUGCGUGCACACACCUGCAGACCUGACAAGAUCAGAGGGACAAAACACACUACCACCCUCUCCCCUUUGCUCUGUAUAUCUCCUUUUCAAAUUUAUGGCUGUUGUAUGUAAAAUAUAUUUAUGUAUUUAUACAGUAUAUAUGUAUUGGUAGGACAUAAAAUGUGGUUUUCUGCAUUGUUUUUAUUUUGAAGGACAUUUUAUUUCAAAAAAAUUGUGGAAAGUUGUGGAUAGAAAUCUAAAACAUGGAGAUAAAGUUGGUGAAUAUACUUGAAGACAAGCAUCUUGUGAUGUGGAUUUUUAUUUUAUGCAUACAUGAACGGAGAAUGGUGUACAUGAAUUACACACAUCAUUUUCACGGCAAAGGCCUUUUUAUUUUGGAAAACAAAUGUUUUUGUAACAGUCACUCAUAUCUGUGAAUCCUUAUACUGAGGGUGACUAUAGCCUGAUUUUUAUUUUUCCACCCUUCUAUUUGUCUUUCAUUCCUUAUUUCUAACUAGUUGGUUGGUUGGACCAGCCUGGCCUUGGAUUUGAUGUCAUUCUAACCCUUGUUGUCCAUAUUAAACACUACAAACCAUU